ACAGCUGCCGUCCCCUAUCUAGUUCUGGCGCCGACGAACAAACGACUGCUCCACCGUAAGCAGCAAUGGCGGUUAUAGCUCAAUUCCAUAAGCUCCACUUCUCCACCUUCCUCCUUACCCGCGCACAACCGCCGCCGUCUCUUUCCCGCCAUUUUAAAGCAACCCUUUGCUCCAAGCUCUACCGACUCCCUACCCUAAUCAGGCCCCAAUCCGCCCUAUCCACCGCCGAGCCCAUUCCGGUCUCUCAGUUUGUCGAACCGCCGCCGCCUGCGGAAACCCAGUCGCCGAUUCCACUCGACAAGCUGUUCAUCCCGCCGGAGACAGAAGUGUCGCUCGACGACCCGACCACGAGGGUGCUCAAGGGGUCGAACAUUGUGCUGAGCAAGUACGCCAGAGAUGCUCAGGUGGCGCAGGCCGAGUUCGUGAAGAGCAGCGUGAAGACCGAGGAUUGCCCCUCCGAUGGAUCCCCGGAGUUCGCCCUCGUCGGGAGGUCUAACGUCGGGAAAUCUUCGCUUCUCAAUUCGCUGGUGAAAAGGAAGAAGCUCGCCCUCACUUCUAAGAAACCUGGGAAGACGCAAUGCAUAAACCACUUCAGGAUCAAUGAGAGCUGGUUCUUGGUGGAUUUGCCUGGAUAUGGGUAUGCUGCUGCACCACAGGAAUGUAGGACAGAUUGGGCCAAAUUUACCAAGGAUUACUUCCUAAACCGUUCAACUCUGGUCUCUGUGUUCCUUCUCAUAGAUGCAAGUAUCCCAGCAAAGAAGAUCGAUCUGGAGUAUGCAAGCUGGCUUGGUCAGAACCAGAUUCCAAUGACAUUAGUUUUCACGAAAUGCGAUAAGAGGAAGAAGAAGAAGAAUGGAGGGAAGCAUCCGGAAGAGAACGUUAAUGAUUUUCAGGAGCUGAUUCGUGGCUACUUCCAAACGACACCCCCUUGGAUCAUGACAAGCAGCGUCACCAAUCAGGGUCGCGAUGAGAUACUAUUGCACAUGGCUCAACUACGAAACUACUGGCUCAAGCACUGAAAAGUUAAAGUGUGCAUGAAUAAUUUGUCAAUUCCAGUCUCUCAAAUGUGUCGUGAUGCUUCUGAAAACUUUCUGACUUGGGGGAUGCUGGAACGGGUUUGGUUUUUGUAAACCUUUGUUUGGCCCAGAAUGCUUCAGAGUCGGGUAGAUUGCACAAAAGCCCUUUCAAACUGAUGAUUCAGUUGAAAGAUGGCAAUGCUUGGCUGUCUUAUUUUGCUCACAAGGUAUGGUCUGGGAAGAACGGGCCGAAGGUAAUCAUUUGAUCGAGUAAUAAAAGAUGCUUCAAACU